AUGCCUCGCAAGGCACUGGAAUAUGACUUCCUCUUAGACGGCAUCCUGUCAAUUGCAUCAUUGCACACGGCUGCCACUAAAGGACCCCUAGAAGCACGCUCCUACAUCGACACGGCACUGGAAUACCAAAACCGAGCAUUGACGCCCUUCCGACAUGCUCUUAACAACAUCUCGCCGGCGAACUGUGACGCCAUCUAUGCCUACUCGCUUAUCACCAUCGCGAGUCGUAUAGCAAUGCCCCAUCUAGCCAUUGGAGAUAAUGAAGGCCCGAACAUGAUUGAAAAUAUUCUGCACGUCUUCGAGUUACUCCAAGGUACCACUGAGAUCUCAAAGAUGACUCGUGCAUGGUCGGCGCAGAGCUCUUUCCCCACAGCUGGGGAUUACUGGGCCCCAGCAGCCAAGCGUCUGGAUAGCGAAACCGAAGAGGCCUUCACCCGUUUAACCGCGAUAAACAACCAAAAGAAUAGCACUCUGCCCGAGGCGCAUCGUAUUACGGACGAGGCGAUAGACCUGCUACGACGCUGCUUUUGCCGGUACAGCACGACGAAAGAUCCCGGCUCGGUCGUUACUUGGUUAGCGGUGGUGAACAGGCGAUUUGUUGAUACGCUCAGGGGUCUUGAGCCUCUUUCGUUGCUUAUUUUGGGGCACUGGGGGGUUUUGCUCGGUCAGCUUGAUGGGAAGAUAUGGUGGGCUUCGAACUCGGGCAGAGCGUUGGUCACCGAUAUCUUGGGUGUUGGUGGGAGGGGUGAUGUUGAGUAUGGGGACGCUUGGAUGUGGCCGAAGAGGCAGUUGUGUUUAUGA